UACAUGGGAUCAGCUGUGAUUGGACACAGCUGAUCACAUGACCAAGCGGACGUCUUCGGCUCUUUCCGCUGAUCAGUGAUCCGCUGUGUCCCAGGGACACAGUGCACCACCGAUCGUUAGAGUGGGAGGACAUAUGAUGUCCUCCCAGAACAAGAGAACCACCGCCGCCUGUCAUUUCCUUAUAUGGCGGUUAAGCUGCAGUGCUGUCAGUGUCACUGGGGUCGGGGGAUUACACACUGACCUGCUGCAGGAUACAGGGCAGCGAUCGUGGUGCCGCGCACACCUAGGGAGCGCGCACUGGCUGUAAAUGCGGGCACCAUUUAUGAACGGCAACCCACUCCUGCACUUCUCCCAUCUGGCCGUUUAUAUACAAGGGCCAGACGGGAAGUGGUUAA